AUGUUCAGAUCCUCAGUUUCAAGACAGGCACGUCUUGUGAGGAUACCAUCAUCACUUUCAGUCCCUCUAGCGGCAGCGUCCAAGCAAUGCCGUCCGACUCUAGCAGCUGGGCUAUGGCGUCCUGCUAGGCCGUCACUGCUCCUUCAGACCUCUCGUCUAUUCACAAGCGGAGCUGAAGCGCAGCAAGAGCGCAGUGUGCAGCAUGAGUCGGCCACCAUCACAAAGUUCUCAGACCUGACAAAGGCAAACAUCGACGAGAGCAUAACAAAGGCUAUUACAGUUGACAUGGGCUACGAGAACAUGACGGAUGUUCAGUCAAUGACACUGGCUCCUGCGUUGAAGGGUAAAGACUUGGUUGCUCAAGCAAAAACUGGAACAGGCAAAACUCUUGCCUUUUUGAUUCCCGUUCUCCAGAAGAUUCUCGACGCCGAUCCUUCGUUGAAAAAAGCCCAGGGGGGACGGUCCCGACACUUUUCACGUAGCCAGAGCGUCAAGGCCAUCGUCAUCUCACCUACCCGCGAACUUGCUGAGCAAAUUGGCAAAGAAGCCACUAAACUUUGCAAGCACAACGGUAUCAAGGUUCAGAUUGCGGUGGGAGGCACUGGCAAGCGGGAGUCCCUUCGCAAGAUACAUAUGGAAGGGUGCCAUCUGCUGGUUGGAACUCCUGGCCGCCUGAACGAUCUUCUAAAUGAUCCGUCAUCUGGAAUAGAUGCAAACAAUCUCCAAGCCUUGGUUCUUGACGAAGCAGACCGUAUGCUUGAUGUUGGUUUCGAGAAUGAGUUGAGGUCAAUCGUCGACAUGCUUCCAGAUCGUCAAGAGGUUCCACGUCAGACUCUUCUCUUUUCUGCCACCCUUCCUAGAGAUGUUGUGGGCCUGGCUCGGUGGUAUGUCGACAAGAAAAACUUCGAAUUCGUUCAGACAGUGAACGCAGAUGAGGUCCAGACUCACGAAAGGGUGCCUCAGUUCAUCGUGCCAACUUCAUCAUUUGAAAACCUCAUUCCUGCUGCACUCGAGCUUAUCUUGAAAGAGACCAGGGCUGCAGAGAAUGACCCUUCCAAGCCACCUUUCAAGGCUAUCCUUUUCAUGCCGUUCACCAACAUGGUUGCAAUGGCUGGGGAGCUGUUCCGAGAACUCGCCGAGCGGAUUCCCGACCUUCCAGAAAUCUACCACAUUCACGCUCAGUUGACCCAGCGUCAAAGGACAAAUGCAGCAGAUUACUUCCGGAGGGCCAAAUCUGCGCUCCUGAUCAGCACUGAUGUGACUGCGCGUGGCAUGGACUUCCCCAACGUGACACACGUCAUCCAGGUCGGCCUGCCACCAGACCAAGAACAAUAUAUCCACCGUCUGGGCAGGACAGGCCGUGCGGGCAAGGACGGACAGGGUUGGCUAUUCGUGCCUCACUAUGAAUUGCGUGACGCUCGGUAUACACUGGGCGAUCUCCCGAUCCAGCGCUCCUCUGACAUCAAGGUUGCCGAGUUCGCUGUGCCGCCUCGUAGCCUGGAGGAGGCACCUGAGCCGUACCGAGAGGUUGCACUCGCUUCCAGAGCCCUGCCCAAGGGUCUUCUUGCCGAGUCAUACUAUGUGCAGUUUACAAAAACAAACAAGCGCAACAUUAGAACCGUUUACGCUGAACUAAACAGUAUGACGAAGAACGUGUGGGGCUGGGACGCGCCUCCCCCAUUCUCGCCAGACAAGGCUGCCAAAUUAGGCAUCUACAACUUCUCUGAUGUAAACAUCGGUACUCCCAUGCGCUAUGAGAUCGACCAACGUUUAGGCAGCCGUGGUGGGUUCGGUAGUGACCGUGGCGACCGUGGCGACCGUCGUGGUGAUCGUGGUGGUUUCGGAGGCGGUCGCGGCGGCCGGGGUUUUGGCGGUGACCGUGGUGGUUUUGGGGGCGGUCGCGGCGGCCGUGACUUUGGUGGUGAUCGGGGCGGCCGUGACUUCGGUGGUGAUCGGGGCGGCCGUGGAUUCAGCGAUCGUCGUGACUUCACAGACAAAGGUCCUCGUCGUGCGAACUUUUGA